CGCUUGUUUGGCUAAAGUUAUUUUGCUGCAGCAGCUAGAAAUGUAAAUGUCUCAAUUGCGAGUGAGGAUAAUUACUAUUCUGAAAUUGGUCUCUCUUGCUAUGUAAUAACAGCUCUGGAAACCAACACAUGAAGAUCUUCAUCAGUGGGACCCUAAGCUGCCAAAUUCCCAGAAAGAAAAUAAGUGAUUGUGAGGCUCACUGCCGAGAGACUGUCGGCCAUGAGCAGUAAAUCGUUAGUGUUACUAAUAGGCUCCUCAGCAACACAGCUGCCUGGAUUUGCAAGUCGAGCUCUUCUGGGAUCAGCCAAAGAGGACACCUGGGCUCCUCACCAGUGUAGGUGGUUUUGUGGCCAGACCUGCUCCCAAACGGCUCUAACUACAUACAAGAUUGUCGGAGUGGUUUUGUUUUUACAGAUAAAGGGAAUUUGAAGGUAAUCUGUGUUCUAAACAUGCAGUUGAGAAAGAAUGGUAGAAUGGUUUUGCUUGCUGUAAUUAAGGCGUUGAAGUUCUGUUAGAGGUAAGGUUACUGCCCAAUCGCACAGGGUGAGAACUGCAGAAGGCUUGCCCCGAGAACCAACCAUUAACAUUCCGUUAUUGCCCUGAUCUACGCACUGCAGUCUGAUUUUCCUAGGGAAAUUCUUGCAUUCUGGGUGUAGCUUCAGAUGACCUAAAACUGGCUUCAUUUAAGGUGUUAGCUAGCUGUGGAGCCACAGCUAUUUUAUCCAUGCUUGCUUGCUUCCCUUAACAGCCUGAGGGGAUGCAGUUUUUAACACCUACUGGUGUUAACCUUUUGAUGAAGAGGUCGUUAUCUUCUGUGAUUUGAACCUUCCAGGAAGUAAGAUAGACUCUGAUGCUUAUUAAACGUAGGAGCGUACUCUGCCUCCGGGGUGCACCUAGAUGCCUCUCUCAAUGUGCUGCGUGAAUACUUAAUGUUAAGGCAGACAAACAGACGUGGAAACUAAAAUUCAUGAUACUGGGAAUUUGGAGAGGAAAUGGAAAUAACAGAGAAGUAUUGACAGUUUGAUGUAGAGCAUUUACAAAGUUUCAAUUGUUGGCUGAGUGACUAUUACCCAAGCCUGUGCCUUUGUUCUGUGUUUACUUGGUUCAGCCGGAAAGCACCACAUUUCCCAACAUCAAAAAUCCAAUCUUAAGUUUGUGCAUAGUUCUUACUGUGUUAAGCAGGAGCUGGGAUGGAUGCUUUUACACUUAAACAAUUGGUGCCCAUUCCAAACCUCAGUGGCGUUAUCUUUGAGAUGGCAGUAUUUCUGUUCCUCACAUCCUGUCUCUCUCUCUGCCCCCAACUUUGUUCUCUCUCCCUGCUCUUGGCCCCACAGUUAACAGACCACAGACAAAAUGCAGCUGCGGCUUAAUCUGCUGCCUGUUGAGCACUUCCAAGUCAGGCCCUCUGUUUACUCUGGGUUGGUUUCUUUGCUGUUUCAUAGGUACUGUUUCCUGUUACUUUAUUUCUCAGUAAGAGGGCUCAGUUACUGACAUCAAACUGUCAAUACUUCUAUAUUAUAUCUAGCUCCUCUCCAAAUUCCCAGCAUCAUGAAUUUUUGUUUUCACAUGCGUAUGUCUGCUUUUAAGUAUUCAUGGAGCACAGUUAGAGAGGCAUGUCUAAAGACUACUAUGUGGCUUUUGGAAAAUACACAACUCUCGCAGCCCUGUUAGGCAUUCUUCUUUGUGUCUGUUCCUUUCAUGUGUGAUUUACCUUUGAUUAUUUGAGGGACUGGAUCAAAGAAUUUUAGUUAGGGUUCUGCAGAGUUAGGAACUGUUGUAGCCAUCACGCUUGAUAGGUCAGGAAACUGAGCAAUCAAAAGUGAGGCAUCUUUUCUGUGUUACAAAGCCAAUAGGCAGGAGCCACCCCCCCCCGCCCCCCAAUCUAUGAAGCCACAGUCAUUCUACUACAAUGGGUGCCUCAUGAUGAUGCAUGUCACCAAGUACGGAUGUCUGUAUUUGUCCCUGAAUGAAAUUCAAAGUCCUGUGUCUUGUGUUUACAACCGAGGCACACGGUACAGGGCAACUUGAGAGUUAACAUUGUAGAAGGUGUCAAGUGAAGAAUGAGAAAGUUCAUGAAUUUGGAAAGGAGAGCUUGAUUUUUCAUAAAGGGUGGCCACCGCUCCGGUCUGGGGAAUAUAGCCUCCAGCCAGAAACUAGAAACAGACACUUACAGGGUGGGGAAAAAUAAAACAGGACUUCAUGCUGAAUAGAGUUUGAAAUAUACAGUGAGCUAUAGGAAGAGUCAUGAAUAUUUAUGAAAGGAGAUAAACGUGUGUAAUUAACCUUUAUGAUUCUUCAUGGGUUGCAUGUACAAAAAAAUGGCAUUAGCAGGAUUCUGGGGUGGAGUUUUUGGUCCUCUUAGGUCAAAAGGUGAAGCCGAGGAUACAGCCCUCAUUGUGCAUCUUGAUAAACUAGCCAGAACCACUCUGUGGUCCAUUGUCUCCUAGGAAGGAAUUCUGGUGGCUUGGUUUGUUGAAGCCUUAAAAGGGAGGGGCAGCAUGAUGCGGUUGGUUCAUGUUAAUAGUAGAAGCCAGGUGCAGUGGCUCACACCUGCAGUCCCAACACUGUGGGAGGAUCCCCUUGAGUUCGAGGAGUUCAAAACCAGCCAGGGCAACAGAGCAACACCUCAUCUCUACCCAAAACAACUGGUGCAGUGGUACAUGGUUGUAAUCCCAGCUACUUUGGUGGCUGAGGCAGGAGGACUGCUUGAGUCCAGAAGGUCAACGCUGCAGUGAGCUAUGAUUGCACCACUCACUUGUACUUCAUUCUGGGGGAUACAGUGAGACCCUCAAAAACAGUAAGGGUAGAGCAAGUCUUUCCUGAAGGGCCAGUUUCUGUUUAACCCUUAAGAAAGAAGGCUGGAUACUAUGGCUCAUGCCUGUCAGCUCAGCACUUUGGGAGGGUGAGGUGGGCAGAUUGCUUGAUCCCAGGAGCUCAAGACCAGCUUAGGCAACACAAAUCUCGUCUCUACCCAAAAAGAAAAAAAAAAAAAAACUGGUGUGGUGACAUGUUACCUGUAGUCCCAACUACUCAGAAGCCUGAGGUGGGAGGAUUAAUUGAGCCCAGGGUCAAGGCAGGUCAAAGCUGCAGUGAGCCAAGAUCACACCACUGUACUCCAGACUGGGCAACAGAGCAAGGCCUUUUCUCAAAAAGAAAAAAAAAAAAAGCCUAAUGGCCGUUAGUGAAGCAGCAGGUGCAACAAACUGUGUCCUGCCUCCCUUCUAGUCAGGUAUGGGAGCUCAGCUUUUAAGAGUUCUCCAGAUGACUUGAGGUCAGGAGUUCAAGACCAGCCUGGCCAACAUGGUGAAACCCUGUCUCUACUAGAAAUACAAACAUUAGCCGGCCCUGGUGGCAGGCUUCUGUAAUCCCAGCUACUCAGGAGGCUGAGUCAUGAGAAUCGAUUGAACCCAGGAGGCCGAGUUUACAGAGAGUUGAGAUCGAGUCACUGAAUUCUAGUGUGGGCAAUAGAGUGAGACUCAGUCUCAAAAAAAUUGUCUGGGGUCUUCUUAGACAAGAGAGGGUCCUUACAGUCAGUGGAGGACAUGGAAUUUUAUUUCUCAGAGGGUAUUUACUGUGUGCAAAUUACUGGGCAUGGGGCUGCAAAGAUGAAUAAGGCAAGCUCCUGAGAAGCAAGAAGUUUACCUGCCCUUUUGGAUGAUGGUAAUUCAUAAUCACUUUAUUUUUUAAAUCCUUAUAAAUCUUCACAAAGGAAGGGACGUCAUGGAUGACAAAAGUAGCUACCUAGCUUUCUGCAGAAAAAGCCUCCACCCUUGCUGGUCACCCACUCAGCACUCUGCAGGGCUUACACCACCUGCCUUCCCUCCCGCCUGCACAACCCAGACAGGCUGAUUAUACAUUGAUGUGAAGCGGUCUGAAGCAACAGGUAUCUUCACCAUAUUUAUAGUUUCAGUUCUUCUUAAUCACAGAGUGAAAAUGUGAAGUAACCCCCCCAAUUAAAGGCAUUCCAAAUCUGUCAGGAACAACCAGGAUCGAAAUUUGACUUCUCCAAGGUAAACCUGAUUAGGCAAGAGUAUGCUGGCACCUGGUAAAUAGAGUAAGGGAUGCGGGGAGAGGGUUGUCAAAGGUAGAAUUUCCACUUUCUUGAGGCGCUGGGGUCUGCCCUUGUUGGAUGUCUCCUCUGGAACAGCACAGGCCACUCACCCCAUGUGACUAUUAAGCAUUUUAAAAUGGGGCGAGUCCACAUGGAGAUGUGCUUGUGAGUAUAGCACACAACAGGAUGGAGAUGUGCUUGUGAGGAUAGAACACAACAGGAUUGGCCGGGUGAAGUGGCUCAUGCCUGUAAUCCCAGCACUUUGGGAGGCCAAGGAGUGUGGAUCAUCUGAGGUCAGGAGUUUGAGACCAGCCUGGCCAACAGGGCAAAACCCUGUCUUUACUGAAAAUACAAAAAUUAGCUGGGCGUGGUAGCACAUGCCUGUAAUCCCAGCUACUUGGGAGGCUGAGGCAGGAGAACCAUUUGAACUCAGGAGGCACAGUUUUCGGUAAGCCAAGAUCGCACCGGUCCACUCCAGCCUGGGCAACAGAGUGAGACUGUCUCCAAAAAAAAACAAAAGCCCAGGAUUUUGAAGAUGAUAUAAAACAUCUUUAUUGAUUACAUGUUGAGAUAAUGUGGAUCUUUAGGUUAUUAUUGAAAUCCGUUUCUUUUCACUUUAAAAAAGAAUGCCACUAGAACAUUUAAAAUUACGUGGCUUGCACGAUAUUUAUCUGGGACAAUGCUGAUCUAGAGACAGAGACCAUCCCUCCCCAGCAGUCAGACCUCGAAACUAACUGCUGUCCCCUGCAGGGAUGACAUUCUAGUACAUUAUGUCUGCUGCUCUGGUGUGGCCCUGUUUUCACUUUUGGGUGCUCAGUAAAUGUUACUGGGAUAAAUGAAUUAAGGGAAAAAUGAGUCCUUCCCCAGCCUCCCUCAGUGAGGUUGCAACAUAAAGUCACCAUGGGCCACUUUGACUGGAAGCUGUCAAUGUCAGGUUUGUAAACAGAACUACAGACAGGAAAGGUGUAAACAAAAUUAUUUUCCAAUGAAAUUGACAGAAUAAUGGGAAGGAGCAUCGAAAAGAGGAAGCAGGUCAGCCUUCUUUGAAGACAGUUUGAUAAUGUGCAUCAAAAGCGUUAAAUUGUAUAAACCCUGUAUCCCAGAAAUUUCUCUUUUGGUAGUUUAUUCCAAGGAAGUAGUUGGACCAAAGCAUAAAUUCAUCUAAUUGUAUUAAAGUGGAAAGUUUAAUAUUCAACAAUAGCAGAUAGGUUAAGUACAUUAGGACAUUACGUAGUGGGUCAAAACAUAGAUGUUGACAAAAGGAAGUGGAAAUCCUGGUUAAUGUACAGCUUGUAUGAAAUAAACUAAAAAUAAAUUUUUGGAUAGGUAGAAUAACAUUACACCCAUAAUGUUAACAGUGAUUAUCUCUGGGAGGUGGAAAAUGAGUAAUUCAUCAACUUAUUGUUACUUCUUUUUUUUUUUGCAAUGAGCAGAUACUAUGCCCUGACAAUUUUUAAAUGAAGUAUUGGAAUUACAGAUUUUGCAGUCAUAGAGCUGACUUUAUAUAAAGGGUCAUGCCAGGCGUUGUGCUUUGUGGCAUAUGAUUUUUUAAAAAAUCAAACACCCUCUAGACUUGAGGGUAAUUAAAAGGCAGUUGCCAUGACAAUAGGAAAGAUGCCAAAGUCAACAUUUUUUCAAGGAGCAACAAACGCGCGGAGGAGUCGGCUGAUGGCACAAUGUUCGCUGCUGCACCGCUCAGAGGCUGGGUGUCCCGCAUAGAAUUGCAUCAACAUGCCCCCUUUCCUGUUGCUGGAAAUCAUCUGUAUUUUCCUGUUUUUCAGAGUGCCCCCAUCUCUAUCUCUCCAGGAAGUCCACGUAAGCAGAGAAACCAUCGGGAAGAUUUCAGCUGCCAGCAAAAUGAUGUGGUGCUCAGCUGCAGUGGACAUCCUGUUUCUGCUAGAUGGGUCUCACAGCAUCGGGAAAGGGAGCUUUGAAAGGUCCAAACACUUCGCCAUCACAGUCUGUGACGCUCUGGACAUCAGCCCCGAGAGGGUCAGAGUGGGAGCAUUCCAGUUCAGUUCCACUCCUCAUCUGGAAUUCCCCUUGGAUUCAUUUUCAACCCAACAGGAAGUGAAGGCAAAAAUCAAGAGGAUGAUUUUCAAAGGAGGGCGCACGGAGACAGGACUUGCUCUGAAAAACCUUCUGCACAGAGGGUUCCCUGGAGGCAGAAAUGCCUCUGUGCCACAGAUCCUCAUCAUCAUUACUGACGGGAAGUCCCAGGGGCACGUGGCACUGCCGGCCAAGCAGCUGAAGGAAAAGGGUGUCACCGUGUUUGCUGUGGGGGUCAGGUUUCCCAGGUGGGAGGAGCUUCACAUGCUGGCCAGCGAGCCGAGAGAGCAGCAUGUGCUGUUGGCUGAACAGGUGGAGGACGCCAGCAACGGCCUCUUCAGCACCCUCAGUAGCUCUGCCAUCUGCACCAGUGCCAUGCCAGAGUGCAGGGUCGAGGCUCACCCCUGUGAGCACAGGACGUUGGAGACGGUCCGGGAGUUCGCUGGCAAUGCCCCGUGCUGGAGAGGAUCGCGGUGGACCCGGGCAGUGCUGGCUACACUCUGUCCCUUCUACAGCUGGAAGAGAGUGUUCCGAACCCAGCCCACCACCUGCUACAGGACCACCUGCCCAGGUCCCUGUGACUCACAGCCCUGCCAGAAUGGAGGCACGUGUGUUCCAGAAGGACUGGACAGGUACCAGUGCCUCUGCCCUCUGGCCUUCCGAGGGGAGGCUAACUGUGCCCUGAAGCUGAGCCUGGAAUGCAGGAUCGACCUCCUUUUCCUGCUGGACAGCUCUGCAGGCACUACUCUGGACGGCUUCCUGCGGACCAAAGCCUUCGUGAAACAGUUUGUACAGGCCGUGCUGAGCGACGACUCUCGGGCCCGAGUGGGUGUGGCCACGUACAGCAGGGAGCUGCUGGUGGCGGUGCCUGUGGGAGAGUACCAGGAUAUGCCUGAUUUGGUCAGGAGCCUUGAUGGCAUCCCCUUCCGUGGUGGCCCCACACUGACUGGCAGUGCCUUGCGGCAGGCGGCAGAGCGUGGCUUCGGGAGUGUCACCAGGACAGGCCAGGAUCGACCACGUAGAGUGGUGGUUCUGCUCACUGAGUCACGCGCUGAGGAUGAGGUGGCCGGCCCAGCUCAUCACGUAAGGGCGCGAGGGCUGCUUCUGCUGGGCGUGGGCAGUGAGGCCAUGCGGGCAGAGCUAGAGGAGAUCACGGGCAGCUUGAAGCACGUGAUGGUCUACUCAGAUCCUCAGGACCUGCUCAACCAAAUCCCUGAGCUGCAGGGGAAGCUGUGCAGCCAGCCGCGGCCAGGCUGCAAGACACGAGCUCUGGACCUCGUCUUCAUGUUGGACACUUCCGCCUCAGUAGGGCCCGAGAACUUUGCUCAGAUGCAGAGCUUUGUGAGAAGCUGUGCUCUCGAGUUUGAGGUGAACCCUGAUGUGACACAGGUUGGCCUGGUGGUGUAUGGCAGCCAGGUGCAGACUGCCUUCGGGCUGGACACCAAACCCACCCGGGCUGCGGUGCUGCGUGCCAUUAGCCAGGCCCCCUACCUGGGUGGGGUGGGCUCGGCCGGCACCGCCUUGCUGCACAUCUAUGACAAGGUGAUGACUGUCCAGAGGGGCGCCCGGCCUGGUGUCCCCAAAGCUGUGGUGGUGCUCACAGGUGGGAGAGGCGCAGAGGAUGCAGCUGUCCCUGCCCAGAAACUGAGGAACAAUGGCAUCUCUGUCUUGGUCGUGGGCGUGGGGCCUGUCCUAAGCGAGGGUCUGCAGAGGCUUGCUGGUCCUUGGGACUCCCUGAUCCACGUGGCAGCUUACACCGACCUGCGGUACCAUCAGGACAUGCUCGUUGAGUGGCUGUGUGGAGAAGCCAAGCGGCCAGUCAACCUCUGCAAACCCAACCCGUGCAUGAACGAGGGCAGCUGCGUCCUGCAGAAUGGAAGCUACCGCUGCGAGUGCUGGGAUGGCUGGGAGGGCCCCCACUGCGAGAACCGGUUAUUGAGAGGAGAUGCCCCAGAGGCACAUGGCUCCCGCGCAGGAGGGCAGCAGCUGUACCCCUCCCAGCAACUACAGAGAAGGCCUGGGCACUGAAAUGGUGCCUGCCCUCUAGAACAUCUGUCCCGUUGGGGUCCUUCCUGCUGUGUCCAGAACUGCUAUUCUCACCAGGGUAGGAGGAUGUUCCGACUGCAGCCAUGCUGCUUAGGGACAAGAAAGCAGCUGAUGCCACUGGUUGAGGACGUUGUUGAAACCUUUCGAUGUGUAAGUAAAGACCGACUUUGUGUAACUGCUUGUGCCUUGUUGACGCUAUGUCAUCUGCCACCUUUCCUUUCAUAAUCAAGGGGUCCUGGAGACUUAAAUUUGGUGGCCUGUCUGACGUUCCUUUGCCCACAAUCAGUGUUAGCCAGAAUGCUGUUGACACAGUAAUGCCCAGCAGGGGCCUUUACUUUUGGACCUCAAAGGCCAUGGCCUUUCAAAAUGGAAAGCGGCAGCUUUUCCGCCUCCCCAAGACAUUCUGGAUGCAUUUGCAUUGAGUCUGAAAGGGGGCUUGAGUGGCAUCUGUGACUUUUGGUGACUCCAUUUUGUGUGUGGGAGAGACUUGAAAAGAUUCCAGACUGAAAUGUGACCAGUUAGCCAGCUUGCUUGCUGAGGGGGGAGAAGCUGAGUGUGCAACUGGCCGAGGUCUGGAGGGGCCACGUGAAACUGGUCUGAGUAGUGAGCAGUGUCCACUUGAAGGGCCUUCCUUUUAAAAGUUUAUGGCUGGAGGCUGUGGCUCACACCUGUAAUCCCAGCACUUUGGGAGGCUGAGGUGAGUGGGUCACCUGAGGUCAGGGGUUCAGCACCAGCCUGGCCAACAUGGUGAAACCUUGUCUCUACUAAAAAUACAAAAAUUAACCAGGUGUGGUGGCGGGUCCCUGUAAUCCCAGCUACGCAGGAGGCUGAGGCAGGAAAAUGGCUUGAACCCGGGAGGCAGAGGUUGCAGUGAGCUGAGCUCAUACCACUGCACACCAGCUUGGGUAACAAGAAUGAAACCGUCUCAAAAAAAAAAAAAAAAAAAAAGUUACUUACAAGGGGUUAAUUCUGGCAUGUUUAUGGAAUUCUUUCCUUAUUCUCCUUUUAGUGGGGCAAAGAAAAGAUUCUUAAAAAUAUAAAGAAAUUUACAGAGAUUUUUGCUUUUUCAAGCAUUGAUCUUAUGCUGUCUAGGUUUUAGUUUAGUUUUGCUUUGCUUUACUACACAGUUUUUAAAGGAAUAUUUCAAGAAAUGUCGGUUAUUUAUUAAACAGGAAUAUUUGUACCUAUGUGGCAAAGAGGCUUAUUUGGAAUAUUCUCUAGCAAACUAGAUACUUUCCCUUGCAGUAUUUAGGAAUUACUUCUUCUCCUUGGUUGUGUUGUUUAGAGUUGGAUUUUCAGUAGAAAUCUUUCUAGAGCUCUGACGUAACUUGAGACUUUGUCAUUGUCUUUUUUUUUUGAGAUGGAGUUUCGCUCUUAUUGCCCAGGCUGGAGUGCAAUCUUGGCUCACUGCAACCUCUGCCUCCCACGUUCAAGCAAUUCUCCUGCCUUAGCCUCUUGAGUAGCUGGGAUUACAGGCACAUACCACCACACCUGGCUAAUUUUUGUAUUUUUAGUAGAGACAGGGUUUCACCAUGUUGGCCAGGCUGGUCUCAAACUCUUAUCUUCAGGUGAUCCCCCUGCUUUGGCCUCCCAAAGUGCUGGGACUGCGGCUGUGAGCCACCAUGCCCAGCCUGUUUUUGUUCGAAAGAUAAAUAUUUUAACAUAAUGUUUUACAUACAAACAUUCAAGGGUACUUUGGCUUUAAGGACUUUAGGAUUUCUGGUGCAAGAAAAGUGCUUGAAGCAGUAUCACUAGGAUUUGAAAUAUUAAAAAGUCUGGUGGAGCAGACACUGAGUUAACAGCCAUCUGUGCUCAAGGGAUACUUUCAUUGAUAAUUUUGUUAUUAUGCUGCCCUUCACAGAAGGCGACAUCCAGGUCAGGAUCAUGUGGACCCUGGCAGAUGCUGAUCUGUGAUGUAAUAGAAAUUAUAUGAAUUCACAGUCUUUAAUAACAGUUUAACCAUGUUAUAAUGUAGGCUUUUUGUCUUGUUCAGGGCUGGUAUUUGGGUGCCCUGAUUGAAUUAUUUGGAUUUAAACAGCUAACUGUGGGCUCUGGACUUACACAGUAAAGGCCUCUGCUGUUUCUUUGUAGGAGAUGGGGGUCCCAGCCUUUGAAACAUUAUUUUUUCCCUUUUUUGUAGUGAGGGUGCCACUGAAUAGUUCAGCUUUUGUCAGUGUCCCCAUAGUAGCAGACGGGAGUGCUAGCCGAUGGCCUAAUUAGUCAAGCCUUUUUCUUUCACUUAAUAGGAAUUAGCUUUAAUUUUUAUUUUUACCUUUAAUUAUACAAGAUAGAAAUACUUUCUUUGCAAGAAUUAAAACAUUGCAUAUAGGCCUUAAAUUUCCUUAUUUCCUCUGAAUGAUCCUGAUUCCAGUCAUCUUGCUGAACACCCUAGUUCUGAUAAUCGACCCUUGCUUUUCUAAAGAGAAAUAUUUCCACGCUAGUUCUGUUUCUUCCCUUUACAGUGGCAUACCACCUCUUUGUCAUUUUGCAUUGUCUAGGACUUCCAGAAUAAUGUUUCACAAAUAGCAGUAGUCACAGGCAUCCGUAUCUGGUUCUUGACUUUUUCAUCAUUAUAAUUGUUUUCUAUGGGUUACUUGAUCAGUUUCCUUAAUUACUACUUGGGCAACCUUCCCAGUAUUGGUAUGUACUUCCAGUAUUAGUAUAUUCCUAGAUGAACUAAGAGUGUCUUUUAUGUGCUGAGAUUUAUGGUAUACUUUUUCCUCUUCCUUCAAGAUAAUGUAUUUUUUUUUUACAUUUAAUCUGUUAAUGUGAUGGAUUACCCAUUUCUGUAUUUUCAAUCAUUGAACCACCCUUGUUUUUUUAGAUAGACUAUUACACAUCAUUCUAUAAACCCUGCUGAAUUUCAUUUGCCAACAUUUUAUUUCAGAUUCUUUUAAUCUGUGUCCAACAAUGAGAGUGGUUUUCUUUUACAUUUUGUUUCAAAUUUUUGGUAUCAGAGCUAUACUAACUUUGCAGUAGAAAAUACAUAUAAUUUGAAAAAUCUUGUGUCUAUAUGUAAGGCCUCCAUUUCAGUUCUAUUUUAUAUUGCCUUAGGUUGUCUCUUUAUUGUAUUAGCAUUUUUAACGAACCAGAUUUUGGUUUUGUCGUUUUUAAAAUAAACAGAUUUAUGCUAUAAACUUCCUUAAUUACUACUUGGGCAACUUUCCCAGUAUUGGUACGUUGUUUCUUUUUUCCCAAGAAUUCUUUAAGAGUAUAUUUCAACUUCUGGGCCUACUGAUUUUUCAUUCACUUAUAUGUGAUCAAUUUCUGCAGAUGUUUCCUGUGUCUUUGGUACAUUGUUAACUGUAUAACUAAAAUUUGCUUCCUGCCUUA